UCAGCUGCUCCACAAAUCGAACAGAUUGGAGCUUUUCAAAACCAAACAAACAUUGGAGGUUUUCAAAUGGGCGGAAUGAACUUCCAAAAUCAAUCUUUGGGAGGAGUUGAACAAAUUGGAGGAUUACAAAACCAAACAAAUCUGGGAGGAUUACAAGGUCAAAUGGGAGGCAUGAACUUACAAAACCAAAGCUUCGGAGGAGUUGAUCAAAUUGGAGGAUUACAAAACCAAACAAACCUUGGAGGAUUUCAAAUGGGAGGCAUAAACUUACAAAACCAAAGCUUCGGAGGAGUUGACCAAAUUGGAGGAUUACAAAACCAAACAAACUUCGGAGAUCUUCAAGGUCAAAUGGGAGGAAUGAAUUUACAAAAUCAAUCUUUCGGAGGAGUUGAUCAAAUUGGAGGUUUACAAAACCAAACAAACCUUGGAGGAUUUCAAAUGGGAGGCAUGAACUUACAAAAUCAAUCUUUCGGAGGAGUUGAUCAAAUCGGAGGGUUACAAAACCAAACAAAUCUAGGAGGGUUACAAGGUCAAAUGGGAGGUAUGAACUUACAAAACCAAAGCUUCGGAGGAGUUGAUCAAAUUGGAGGUUUACAAAACCAAACAAACUUCGGAGAUCUUCAAGGUCAAAUGGGAGGCAUGAAUUUACAAAACCAAAGCUUCGGAGGAGUUGACCAAAUUGGAGGAUUACAAAACCAAACAAACUUCGGAGAUCUUCAAGGUCAAAUGGGAGGAAUGAACUUACAAAACCAAAGCUUCGGAGGAGUUGAUCAAAUUGGAGGAUUACAAAACCAAACAAAUCUGGGAGGAUUACAAGGUCAAAUGGGAGGCAUGAACUUACAAAACCAAAGCUUCGGAGGAGUUGACCAAAUUGGAGGUUUACAAAACCAAACAAACUUCGGAGAUCUUCAAGGUCAAAUGGGAGGCAUGAACUUACAAAACCAAAGCUUCGGAGGAGUUGACCAAAUUGGAGGUUUACAAAACCAAACAAACUUCGGAGAUCUUCAAGGUCAAAUGGGAGGAAUGAACUUACAAAAUCAAUCUUUCGGAGGAGUUGAUCAAAUUGGAGGUUUACAAAACCAAACAAACCUUGGAGGAUUUCAAAUGGGAGGCAUGAACUUACAAAACCAAAGCUUCGGAGGAGUUGAUCAAAUCGGAGGUUUACAAAACCAAACAAACAUCGGAGGCUCAGGCAUAAACAUUCAAAAUCAAAACAUCUCGAGCAUCACACAAACAGGAGGAAUUCAAAACAGAACAUUCAGUUUUCCACAAAUGCAAGGUCCUAACAUGAAUGAAACAACCAUUGGAGGAUCGCCUGGAAAUAUAAAUUUCCAAAACCAAAACAUUACAUCUAUUACACAAACGGGCGGCAUUCAAAAUUCCAUAAAGAAUAGAAGUAACAAGAGACCCAACAAGGGAAAGGGUAAGCCCGAAAGAAAACAGUAAAGUAGAACAACAUUUCUGUGGCAUGUAUGUAUCGGUUCAAUCAUGAGUAUAACGUUUUUUCCAUUCUCUAAAUCUGGGGCAAAUAUUUCGUUUAAUAAAGUUUGUUGUUUUUUGGUUUUAAAUCUUAACCAUCAGACCUUUUGUAAUCAUCAUGGAUCUCAGUCGUUAAGCUAAGUUUCCAUUAGCGUUUUCAGAAGCUUCAUAUGAAGUCUGAAAACGCUAAGUGAAACUUGAGCUUUUUUACAGUUGUUAAAUAUCAGGCGAACCAAUAAUCCUUGAAAUGAACUGAUCCAAAUUGUGAAGGCGUUAUCACUUUAUUGUCCAUAUAAUGCGAGAUUGUCCGUUUCUUAACUACAAAAUACUUAUAAUACCACAAAAAGCAGU